AUGAGUAUCCUUCCGCCGAGCCGGUGUGCCACCACAACCGCAGCACGCGCAUCUGACGGCCCACUACAAACCGAGCUUUCUUCUCAAGUGUAGAAUAGUUUAUCAGAUCUUUUGUUCAUAAGUUAGUAUUUAUUUUAGCUAGUUGUAGCUGUCGUGCGCUUUAGGCGGCGGUGUUUGUGUGUUUUAUUCGGCUAGUCAUGGCUGACAUCGACAAACUCAACAUAGACAGCAUCAUUCAGCGCCUGCUCGAGGUGAGGGGAUCGAAGCCCGGCAAGAACGUCCAGCUACAGGAGAAUGAGAUCCGUGGGUUGUGUCUGAAAUCUCGUGAAAUCUUCCUCAGUCAACCCAUCCUGCUGGAGCUUGAGGCUCCGUUGAAGAUCUGUGGUGAUAUCCACGGGCAGUACUACGACCUUCUCAGGCUCUUCGAGUAUGGAGGAUAUCCACCUGAGAGCAACUACCUGUUUUUGGGGGACUAUGUUGACCGAGGCAAGCAGUCUCUGGAAACCAUCUGUCUGCUGCUGGCGUACAAGAUCAAAUACCCAGAAAACUUCUUCCUGUUGAGGGGGAACCAUGAGUGUGCCUCCAUCAAUCGUAUCUAUGGCUUUUAUGAUGAGUGCAGGAGACGUUAUAACAUCAAGCUCUGGAAAACCUUCACUGACUGUUUCAACUGUCUGCCCAUCGCCGCCAUUGUGGAUGAGAAGAUCUUUUGUUGUCAUGGAGGCCUGUCUCCAGAUCUGCAGUCUAUGGAACAGAUCAGAAGGAUCAUGAGACCCACAGAUGUUCCAGAUCAGGGUCUCCUGUGUGAUCUGCUUUGGUCUGAUCCAGACAAAGACGUGCUGGGCUGGGGCGAGAAUGACAGAGGUGUGUCCUUUACUUUUGGAGCUGAAGUGGUAGCCAAGUUCCUCCAUAAACAUGACCUGGAUCUCAUCUGCAGGGCCCAUCAGGUGGUGGAAGACGGUUAUGAGUUUUUUGCUAAGAGACAGCUGGUGACUCUUUUCUCUGCUCCAAACUACUGUGGAGAGUUUGACAACGCUGGUGCCAUGAUGAGUGUAGAUGAGACCCUCAUGUGUUCUUUUCAGAUUUUGAAACCAGCUGAGAAAAAGAAACCAAACUCGAGUCGUCCAGUGACUCCACCCAGAAACAUGGUGACCAAGCAGGCCAAGAAAUGAGGCGUGCGGUGACGGAGCAGGACUUUAUCAUACAUGUGUCACAGCUUGAGAGCCGCGCCGUGCUCUGGUUUCGGUCACUUUGACUGAUUCAGAACUGUUGACUGCAUCUUUUAUUUCGAUUUUCUUGUUGUAUCUUUUGUCCUUUUCACAUGAAGUGGCCACUCGGGUAUUAGAGAAGUGCUUUUAGUUUCAUUGAAAUGUUUUUCUUGGGAGACACAAAACGGCUUUUAUAACCUAAACUUCUUCAGGAUCUCGGUUCCAAGCAAGCUUCGCCCAAAUGCAACACAUGGCAACGCUGUCUCCUUGUUUAUAAAUUUUGGGAGAAAUGCUGGAAUUUUAAAAUGUUUAAAAUAUUUGCUCCUAAUGGCUCAUUCAGACCACUUUGAACAAUGAAAUGUUUUCACUUUAGUAUGAAGCAAACAGCACAUAAAGCACCUAUGUUAAGUCUUGUAUGAUUUCAACUUUAAGCACCUAAAGCAUUUUUGCUGUUUAGAUUAUUUUUUUUUUACUUCUGACUGUGCCAUGAAAUUUGAUAUUCAGUUCACUUCAGUCAAAGUUUUUUAAUGUUUUACAAUGCAUUUGUCAUUAUUUUGUAUUAUAGUUCUUUUAAAAGUUUGAAGGCAGGAUUGAACCGUACGUAUGUGGAUGUAUGAAAUAAGUCUGGAGUGUUGUAUGAAUGUGUGUAUGUGUGAUUUUAAAUGAAGUCAAGAUAUAUUCAGGUGGUUACCAACUAAAGGUUUAGUCUGAUAUGUUUAUCGCUGUUUUAUCUUGUUUGUUUUUAUUAAGAUGCUUUGUAUUCUUACUCCAUUGCGUCUUGUACCACCAGUUAAUUCAUGUAACUCGAGAAGUUUUCGCAUUAUGGGCAUGUUUGAUUGAUUUCUCUCUAAAGGACUUUUUUGUUGCAUGCAUCUAGUAUUAGAAAUAGGACGCAAGGCUUUCUCAGGGCAUGCAACAUUCAGCAUGUCUUCAGAGUAAUGUAGCUCCACAUCAGGUAUAUCACAUCAGGAAAACUUUUUUCGUGCAAAUUUCUACAGUAUUUCAUAUUGAUUCUGUUCAACCUAAACCCACUGUAAAUAUACAGGAGUUGUUUUGUUCAGUCAGGGCAAUAAUUCACAAGUUUUCCACACUUAUAAAUAAUUGUUAUACUUGCGAAAUAAAUCAAAGGGAGAGGUGA